GGAGGGGGUCAUUGUGUUGCAUCCUAUAUAAGGUGUCUGAGGCCAGUCGUGUGCCAUACUCACUCCUCACACGAGCUGAUAGCAGCAAGGAUCACUUCAAAGACAAGAGCUGUCGCGUGUCUCUUUCAUCUGAACUUUGCAAGUCCUCACUAAAUCCAUCCGCCAUGGACAUAGUCUACUCUGAUUAUGAUGCCUCCAGUCAGAUGUCCUUCUCUCCAUCAGAGGAUGAGGACUGCUCCAGCCUCCAGUCCCCAUCGCCCUUCUCCACCGGUCACCUCACUUCUCCAACGCAAACUCCAGAGAAGUGCCAGGAACACAAUGAGGAGAAGAAGAAGAGGAGAGGCAGGAGCAGAGUGAAAAAUCCAGCUGUCCUUCACACCAUCAAAAAGACCAGGAGGGUCAAAGCUAACGACAGAGAGAGGGGCAGGAUGCACAACCUCAACUCAGCUUUGGACGAGCUCAGGGGCAUCUUGCCCUGCUUCCCCGAUGACACCAAGCUGACUAAGAUCGAGACACUAAGACUGGCCCAUAACUACAUCUGGGCGCUUUCUGAAACUUUGAGGCUAGCUGACCAGUGCAAAGACAAGCAAGAGAAAGAUAUGGUACACCCUGGUUACAUGAGUCCUUCAGCACCAUACAGCCCUGGCAGUGACGCUGGAUCCUGGCUAUCAACUGUCUCUCCAUCAUCAUCCUCCUCUUCCUUUUCUGUAUGCACCUCAAACCCAAGCAGCCCAUCUAUGUCUGAAGACUGUUUCUAUGCACAUAAAGAGAACUUUUUUUCACUACACGCCAUCCCACAAAACUUUAUGCAGCAAUCCGCUUGCUAUGUCCAGUACCAGUAGACUUAGUCUUCUGCCCCUCUCUUCUCGCCUUACAAUGUGAACCUUCCUUAUAAUUCACGUGUGCUAUAGUGUAUUAUAGAGGCUUGACCUAAACGUCUAUAUGCUGCCUUAAAAGACUUCUUGUAAGGUCUUCCAAGACUCUUAAACUCACCAUGAAACCCAAAUCGUUGUGAAAUAAGAUAACCACUUCGGCAAGGCUUUCACUAUUUUUGCACUUUUUAAAAAAAAAAAAUCACAACUUUUGGUAUUAUUUUUCUACCAGAGCCUUUUUUUUCAAAGACAUCUCUUUAAAAACCUUGUUAGUCGUUUUUUUUUUUUCUGAUGCACACUGGGUGAAAAGUCAAUUUUACAAUUUGUAAAACUCUCACGAAGAAAAAUGAGCAUGACAAUUUGGUUUGGAUACCCUGACAAUACAAUGAAAGGACUUGAAUAGGAGACAAGGCCUUGGGCUCAUACAUUAUUUAUCAUGACCUCCUCUACUGCUGUCUUCCUAUAGAGUAGGUAGGACUCAAUCCAGUAAUAUGGGAGUUCUCAGACUGGGAACCUCACCAGAGUUUAAUUUAUUCAAAGAAAUGUUUCAUUGAUAUGAAAAUGUAUUUUUUUGUAUAUAAAGAUUUUUUAUUCUAUUAUGUAUUUUUUUUUUGGUAUGUGUUUUUCCAGAUGUGAUAAUAAAUUUGCUACAUUUUUAUGAAAUAAA